ACUGGCCAGAGGUUGCAAACAUCCGGAUUGGCGCUGGGUGCAGCAACUAAUUAAAGGCACCUGAACGCCUCCUUUGCAAUUAAUUCCUGAACGCCCCUUCAGCAAACAUCCUGGGCCCGUCUCCUGCCCAGAGAUGGAUUUGCCUGCGAACCUAACCUUUCUUUCCCUGUCCACCCCCGCCCCUUUGGAGACCAACCACAGCCUUGGCCCGAGCCCAGACGGCCUGCGCGGCAGCCCCACCCCACGCUCUAUCUUCGGGGUGCUCGUUCUGACCUUACUAGGUUUCCUGGUGGCGGCGACGUUUGCCUGGAACCUGCUGGUACUGGCAACCAUUCUCCGCGUACGCACCUUCCACCGCGUGCCGCACAACCUGGUGGCGUCCAUGGCCGUCUCGGAUGUGUUGGUGGCCGCGCUGGUCAUGCCACUCAGCCUGGUGCACGAGAUGUCCCGGCGCCGCUGGCAGCUUGGCCGGCGGCUCUGCCAGCUGUGGGUCACUUGCGACGUGCUCUGCUGCACGGCCAGCAUCUGGAACGUGACGGCCAUCGCGCUGGACCGCUACUGGUCCAUCACCCACCACCUGGAAUACACACUGCGCAUUCGCAAGCAUGUCUCCAACGUGAUGAUCCUGCUCACCUGGGUGAUCUCCGCUGUCAUCUCUCUGGCUCCGCUGCCGUUCGGCUGGGGGGAGACUUACUCGGAGGAGCGCCAGGAGUGCCAGGUGAGCCGCGAGCCCUCCUACGCCGUGUUUUCCACCGUCGGUGCCUUCUACCUGCCACUGUGCGUGGUCCUCUUCGUGUACUGGAAGAUCUACAGGGCCGCCAAGGUCCGCCUGGGCUCCAGGAAGACCAACAGUGUCUUACCCGUGCGCGAGGUUGUGCAGGUGAAGAAACCUGCUCAGCAGCCCCAGAUGUUGUUCACCGUCCGCCCUGCUACUAUCACCUUCCAGACAGAGGGGGACGUGUGGCGGGAGCAGAAAGAACAGAGAGCCGCGGUCAUGGUGGGCAUCCUCAUUGGGGUGUUUGUGCUCUGCUGGACCCCCUUCUUCAUCACGGAGCUCGUCAGUCCCCUGUGGUCCUGGGACAUCCCUGCCAUCUGGAAAAGCAUUUUCCUUUGGCUUGGCUACUCCAACUCUUUCUUUAACCCCCUGAUCUACACGGCUUUCAACAAGAAGUACAACCACGCUUUUAAGAACUUCUUUUCAAGGCAGCACUGAGUAAGGUGCUUGGGACAAAAGGGACUUCCUCUGUAACUCCAUGCAAUUUACAGUUUCGUCUGUUCCCCCCCCCCCCCAUGUGGAACAUUCAGGUCCUUACAGUCCUCCAGGUUCAUCUUUAGAACUAGACUGGCCUCACUGCCGCUUCUGGGUAGGAAUACGGAUCCUCACGAUGAUAUUGGUGACAUACGAUAUCUAACGUGUCUUUCUGUCUCUCCCUCUGCACUAACAGCCAUGGUCUUUUCUCACAAAGGGCUCUCUCCUCCCCCAAAUCCACACCAGCAUGGUUACUGCCAUCGUCCUAGAGACAUCAAGGCAGAUGAGAGGGAGAAGGUGAAAAUAAUAGGGGCAGAUUGACAAAGAUAGAAACAAAUGAAGAAGUCAUACUGUGAACAUCUGGGGGUAGGAGACCACAACUCCCAGCUUUCUGGAGUAGUCCCCAUUUCAAAUAUUUUGUUUUAUGGUCCUAGUAAGUGUACCCUAAUAGUGAUGAGGUAUGUCUCAAUAGUUGACCUCCAAGUACCGUCUCCAAAUGUCUUAAAGUAUGUAGCCCUGACUGUAAGACCAGUGAAUAUUAGCUCUAAGGUUUUGUGUAUGGCAACUACAUCCCAUGGCGCACACACACGCACACACACCCGCACACAGCUAUGAAGACGUAAAGUUCCAAUUAGUUAGUUUACUCCAAAUGCAACCCAUCAACCUGGCACAGGCACUAAGCGCAGACACUUCCUUCCGCUUUGAAGCAACUACUCAUACACAAUGUAGUAUCUGCCACACUUGCUUACGUGUAUGGGUUUUAUGUGUAUAGAAUUCAAGUAUCUCUAGGAAGUCUUUUAUUCUCAGCUCAUGAGCUUAGAGGAAAACAACUAUUGUUAAGUUGUUGAUUUCUUAAAUAUAACUUCACAACCAGUGACUGUGAAGACACAUUCACCAAACAGGCAGGUGAAGGGGAUGGUUGAUAAUUUGCUAAUUGCUCCUGUCUGUUGGUGUGUGAACGCUGCAGGAAGGCCAAGACCCUUAAGUGAUGACAAAGACAGAGUGGGUAAAGCUGGCCCAGUCCUUUGUAACUGGUGCUGAAGUGAUGACCCAGCAUCUGUAUGAUCACAUGAAACCUGUGUCAUUAUGCAAAACUUUAAAAACAUCUCAGGCAGUAAAUCUGCCUGUGGUCUGCUGUGUCCCUGACUCUCUGAACGCAUGAAUUAAAGAAUUAUAUAUUAUGACAUCUCUGAAUUAUAAUAUACAUAUAUAUGUAUUGUAUUAAAUGUAAUAAAUUA